ACAUUCUGGGUGUGUAUAGUUCAGUGGGUAACAUGGAUUUCACCGGUAAGGUUGCUUUAAUAACCGGCGCUAGUUCGGGCAUUGGUGCUGCCACAGCCGAGACACUGGCCAAGUAUGGGGCUAAUGUUGCCAUAGUUGGACGUAAUGCUGGAAAUCUAAAGGAGACGGAAAAGAAGUGUAAAGCUGCCAAUGCCAACAUUGUCUGUCUGCCCAUUAUUGCUGAUGUCACCACCGAUGCUGAGAAAAUCGUAAAUGAAGUUAUUGGAAAAUUCCAGAGAUUGGAUGUUUUGGUAAACAAUGCCGGCAUUUUGGCUAUGGGAGGUCUCAUGGACAUCGACAUUGAACAAUUCGAUAAUGUGCUGAACACAAAUGUUCGGGCUGUGUUCACGCUUAGCAAGCUGUCGGUUCCAUAUCUCAUCAAUACCCAAGGUAACAUUGUUAAUGUUUCAAGUGUGGCCGGUCUACGUUCAUUUCCGGGUGCUUUGAGUUAUGGUGUCUCCAAGGCGGCUUUGGAUCAAUUCACCAAGUGUCUGUCUUUGGAUUUGGCCAAGGAAAAUGUUCGAGUGAAUUCGGUGAAUCCCGGAGUUGUUAUAACGGAAAUCCACAAGCGGGGCGGUGGUAUGUCGGAGCAGGAGUAUGCCAAUUAUUUGGAACGCAGCAAGGGCACCCAUGCCAUGGGUAGAGUGGGUAACGUUUUUGAAGUUGCGGAAACGAUUGCAUUUUUGGCCAGCAGCAAAGCUAGUUUUAUAACCGGUGCUUUGGUCCCCGUCGAUGGUGGCAAACAUGCCAUGUGUCCACGUUAAGUGAACUUUAUUAUAUUUGUUGUAAUUGUUGUUAGAAAAUAAAUAAAUAAUUAAAAU